UUGCCAUAGAAACGGAGAACGAAACUAAUCGAAUAACCCCCGAAAAUGCCGGGUGUCCCACUGUCUAUCCCAGCGAAACUCACCGAUGUCUUUGUAACUGGCCUCAAAAUAAUUUGCACUCUGAACUGGAUGCUGAUAUUUACAUUUCCGCUUUUCAUCAGACAACAACAUUACGGUUUGCGUACGUAAUUCCGAAGGAGAGACUCGGUAUCUGGGUCAUUUUGCAGAGCCAAAAUGUCGCCUUUUCGCUAUACCUCCACAUUCUCUCAUGGCACGAACAGAUGGCGUCGGGAGGGGAAUGGAGGGAGUGAAAAAAGAGCCGCAUAAACGAAUAGAGCAGGCCACGCUCGACCUCCUCUCCUCCCUCCGGCUAGCCUAGCACAAACCAAAACUUAGGGCAGUCAGGCCCAUCCCAUGCAGCCUGUAUCAAAGUUUCACACUCUGAAGUUGUGUGUUUCUUGUCGGAACUCUUUGCAUUUGUACUGAGGGCAGUUGUUGCAGAAUGUGACUUUAGUUCAUUAUGUGGCUAGAUGGCUAGUGAGUUUGUGCGGGAUUUGCUUGUAUUACAACUGGUCGCCGUAGGUUUAUUAUUUAGACGGAGUACAUAAAUAAAGCAUGUACGCAUUAAUAACUCACUGUGAUUGUUGGUCAACAGCUUUUAAAACGGGUUAGGUGCAACAUUCCCACACAUCAUCGUGAAAGCAUCAGUGUCUGAUACUCUUACUAUACGACGCUGUUCAAACACGUUGUUGUUUACAUGAAACGGCAUCUGUGUCUUUAAGAGGGUAGUGUUUCUGUACGGAUGUGUUUAGAAAGGGGUUUGUCAUGGAAGGGCAGGGUCGUGCAGACACAAUAAGGACAAAUGAUGGAAGGACGUGUGCUUGUGAGCUUUUGUUGUCUCAAGGUUACUCGUGGUGUGAAUCGCUGUCAGAUUAAAAUUUGGGCCUUUGCAAAUUUCCUUGAACAUGAUACAUUACCGGGUUGAUUGAAGUCCCAGUUAAGAUCACGACUGUAGUGCUGUUUAAAUGUUAUUUUCAGUUGAGGCUGAGGUCACCUCUGUGCGAUGUACUUUACAUUGCCUUGUGCUUGCAAUAUUGAAAUUCUUACCAUUGUGACACCUGGCAUUAUUAGUAAGGCUGAAUAUUCAUCCUUGCCUGACGGUAAAUGGUGUCUGUUAUGGUCUAUGAGUUAUUACCUAUUGAUCAAAAAAGGUUUCAACACAGUCUUUGUUCGAUCUACUCUUGACUGCUUGAAAGCAAUUCGUUUUUUCUGUAUGUGGUUUUAUUUUAUUACAGCAGUCAAACUUUCAAUAGGUUCUAUACAUUUAGAUUACCUCAAGGCACUUUGACCCUCAGAUAAUCUAUGAAAUCUUGUGUUCCUAUUAAUUUCCUGUAUUUCUUUUGCUCUUUCUCUCAUUAUAAUGUACAGUAUGUUCAUACUGCGUCCCUUAAACCAAAACGGUUCUCAAGUGAGUUUUUAAGUUCUCUAUCAUGAUUUUUUUAUUUUCAUUUGAUUUGAUUCUUUUUAUAUUUGCAUUACUCUCUACUGUAGUCUUCCUGUUCUGUACUGCUAAGACAUUUUUUAUUUGGCAUUAUCAUUGACAUUGUUUCUGUUUAGUUGUGAAGUUGUUAUUUACAAGUAGGAGGCUUGCAGGAGGUUAAAGAUCAUGGAGUGACUUAUUUCAUGGUACAUAUUCUAGAUUUUAAGUAACGUUGGUUUUCAUGCGAAUUGGAAACUUGUUGUCUUUGUUUAUAUUAUCUUGAGCUUUGUGUUAUUUUAGUUUUAUUCAAAUUAAAAUACAUUUUCAAGUCUUCAGGAAGUGCCAGCGUAAAAAUGAGAGAGCCGUGUUUUUAAUAUGACAGUAUUUUUUACAUAUUUUAUAUCAUAGUGAGUAUCCUCUGGGAUAAACUGGACACAAAGUCAUUUGCAAGAAAAAACCUUCAGAAUUUUAACAUUACCUGGAAAUAGGGUCAAAAGGACAUUUAUUAUGAGCUUGCAUCUGUCUUUUUAAAAUGUUUUUGCCAUAAAGUUAUGACCUUAUAUGACCGGGAUAGUUAAAUUUUUAUUCUUAUAGCAUCACCUACUGGCACUGCUGUACCAGAUAUACAUCUUGUAAACUAAUGAUCCUUGCUGUACUCUUCUUAUGUUUACAUACAAUAAACAUAUUUUUUUAACCUUAUUAGUAUUUUACCUCUAAAUAACCCAGACAUGUAGACCUUUCUUAGGGAAGAUAUUGACUUUGACUUAAACAAAAGAUCAUUCCACUGAAAAGCCCCUUCACUUGCUGCUUUCUUUCUGUCUCUUGUUCAAUCUCUUAACUACCCUGUCUGCUGGUAGUUUGAAUUCUGUGUAGUGCCCCACCACACACUUAACUUAUAUGUUUCUAUUAGUAUUACGUUGUUUCUCUCUUUUUUUCUUACUACAUUUAAUGUUUUCUCUUUCUGUAUCUUUUUCUCUCUCUCUUUUUCUUUCUGUCUGUUUGUCUCUGGCUCUCUCUCCCCUCCCUCCCCUGUUCUUUUAAUCUCCUCCCCUCUCUCCCUCUAUUGCUCUCUCUCUAUUUGCUCUCACUCUACUCCCUCACUUACCAUUUGCUCUCUCACAAUACCUCCCUCCCUCUUCUGUCUCCUCACUGGUGAAUGCUUCUCUUCUCCUCCCUCAUCCCUCCAUUUUCUCGUCUUUCACAAUCCUUCUCUCAGCCAUUUUCUAUAAAGAUAUAUCUGUGUAAGAUAAGUAUAAACAACCUAUACAUGCUCAAUAGUAGAUUAUUAUUGUAUUUUCCACAUUUAAAAUAUAUGUCCAUAUUAUUUGUGAUUUAAACUUAAUUGGAUAUAUACAUUAUAAAAAAAGGGGUUAUAAGGGUUUAUUUAUCACAAUAAACAUCUAUAUGUUCUGGUAUUAAAUGAAUGAGUCCGCUCAUACUUUUUUUGAUAGUAUGUUCAAUAAUUUAUGAAUUGCUUGAUGUUUAGUUUGUUUCUGAUUGAGAGUUGUUCCCUGCUUAAUGGCUCAAUAUGACACAGUUUAAAGAAAUAAUUGUAUGCAAGACCAGAAAUGCACAUUAGAUUGUUUCUGCUCAGUGUCAACAACAAGAGAAAUGCUAAACACUGAUGUUUCUCAACUCACAGGCCAAAAGGUCCUUGUGUGAUGCAUGCUUCUCUCUUGUAAAGCUGUUACUCUGUUUCUUCCCCUAAGCUUUGCUUAAAAACCUGUCUGAACAUUUGCACAGCAUGCAUCUCUUUUGCCUCCACAGCUUUGAAAAUAUUUUGCAUAUAUAUUUACAUUUUGUGUUUAACGUGUUCCGUGUUGUUGACCUAUAGAAUGUGAUUUCGUAUAUACCCCUCUCCUUUCUUUGUCACAUAUGCUUUUCGUGUGCUUGCUGUGAUGUAUACUUAUGUCUAUAUCUUUUUGGCUGAGAUCACAUCUUGUCAACAUCAUGAUUUUCAAGUGUAUGUGAGAGCAUGCCUAUAUGAAACAGAGUUAAAUAGAGGAAGGUACAGAGUGGACGAGUAAAAGAGAGAGAAAAUGAAAGGGGGAGGGAGAGAAUGAGUGGGGGAAAAGAGCACUGUGUAUGUGUGCGCUUGCUUGCACCAGAGAGAGAGAGAGAGAGAGAGAGAGAGAGAGAGAUAGAGGGAGAGAGAGAGAGAGUGGGGGAGGGGAAAGCAGAGAGAGAGAGAGAGAGAGAGAGAGAGAGAGAGAGAGAGAGAGAGAGAAAGUGAUAGAGGAAAAGAGAGAGCUUACACACAGAGAGAACAGAGAGAGAGAGAGUGCUAGAAACACAGAAAAGAGAGUGUCUGUGUGUUUGUCCAAAAGACGACAAAGUAUAGGAGCGGGGGAAGAAUUCGAACCUGUGACUCUGGCUUAGGAUGAGGUCUCUAAAACACCUAAAACCACAGAGCAAGAAAAAUGUGGAGGAGAAGACACAGCGGCUGGUCAGAUGUUAUUCUGAGGCCAUGCACCAGCAGAUGGAUGUAGGGACACAGACAGACCCAGUUGUGGUCCUGUCACUGGCCCAAGCUGCUGUGUUGGGACUGAUCUCCCAGAACGAGGUCUUUGGUGCCACCAUCGCCCCUAACGGCUUCUACACAGGAGAUCCCAAGGAGUCCCCUGCUCCACCAGGUGAGAGAAUGGACUACGAGUACGCCGACCAGCUUAUAGGUGCCAAUGGAGACUACCUUGGGGAGAAUUUGGGUGAGGAUGGACACAUGCCCUCCAGCUGUGCCGAGAGAAGGUGGCAGGGGCCGCCAGAAAACAGCAAACCUGUGGUAGGGCAUCAAGAGGCAGGAUUGCUUGUUAAAGGGGAGUCUGUGACACCAGGUUUACCCUCCUGCAAUCAUAUGAUGAACAACAAUGUGUCUAGAGAGGGCAUGCAGAUGGUGGACCCCUCUAGCUAUAGGGUGCAUCCCAAACAGCAUCCUAGCAAUUGCUGCUCCACCUGCAUCCGAGACAUCAAGAGUACACACCCUCCACCAGCUCAACAUUUACUACCUCACCCUCAUGCCCACACCCACACGCCUCAAGAGGUGCCUUCACGCAACAGGACACACACUCUUAAUAAAACAACAGAUGAGAUAACAGAGGAUGGGCAGAGUGGAAGAAAUGGCAUGAAAACGGGAAGUGGUGGGGAAGAGAUGAGCAGCUACUUUCAGGGCAGUGAAGUUGGGUACGAGGGUGGGGAGAUGGAAGGGGUCGGGGAAUUUGAGGAGAACAACGAGGGGAUGUUUUGGGGGGAACCAGUGGAGGGCGAGGCGCCCCGUGGGCGUCGAAUAGACCGCCUGGACAUCAACAUCCAGAUCAACGAGUCGUACUGCGUGGACGUCGGUGAGGGCCUGAAACGGUGGAAGUGCCGCAUGUGUGAGAAGUCGUACACGUCCAAGUACAACCUGGUUACACAUAUCCUGGGUCACAACGGCAUCAAGCCACAUGCGUGCCCACACUGCGGCAAACUCUUUAAACAGCCAAGUCACCUACAGACGCACCUGCUGACGCACCAAGGUACGCGGCCUCAUAAAUGCACAGUGUGCAAAAAGGGCUUCACCCAAACCAGUCACUUGAAGCGGCACAUGCUGCAGCACACUGAUGUCAAGCCCUACAGUUGCCGAUUUUGUCGUCGCGGUUUUGCCUACCCCAGCGAACUCCGUGCACACGAGGUCAAGCACGAACGAGGACGGUGCCAUGUCUGCUCGCAGUGUGGCAUGGAAUUUCCCACAUAUGCCCACCUUAAGCGGCAUCAGGUGAGCCACCAGGGACCCUCCACCUUCCAAUGCAGCCAAUGCAACAAGUCUUUCCCAUACCGCAGCCAGCUGCAGAACCACCAGCUGAAGCAUCAAACGCAGCGCUCGUUCUCCUGUAGUCAGUGUGGUCUGCAGUUUCUUCAGUUGCAUCAGCUACGCCAACACUCUUUAACACACAAGUCGACCAAACCUCAGGCCCGGGCUACAAAGGGACCAAAGGGGUUUAAGUGUGACGUAUGUUCACGAGAAUUCACGCUGUCUGCAAACCUGAAGAGGCACAUGUUAAUUCAUGCCAGCAUUCGGCCGUUCCAGUGUCACGUUUGCUUCAAAUCUUUUGUCCAGAAACAGACCCUUAAAACGCACAUGAUCGUGCACCUGCCUGUGAAACCCUUUAAGUGCAAGGUGUGUGGAAAGUCAUUUAACCGAAUGUACAACCUCCUGGGCCACAUGCACCUCCAUGCUGGCAGUAAACCCUUCAAGUGUUCAUACUGCUCCAGUAAAUUUAACCUGAAGGGAAAUCUUAGCAGACACAUGAAAGUUAAACAUGGAAUGGACGUCUCUCCAGAUGGACAAGAGGGGCCACCAGACAUGGAACCCCAUGAGGACUACGAGGAAGAGAACUUCAAUUUUGAGACGCCAGAGAAUUUGGAAAAUAAUGAUGCCCCAAACCUUACUAAGCUCUCUGAAGUGGCCAUCCAAGAGCUUGACUAUUAUAACUUUGGGAAGGACGUUGGAAGCUACAGUACAACUUAAACACAAUUUGAGUUGAAUAAAUGUUAAGAUACACGUGGCCUAUGCUGGCACAUGUCAAAUAUGAGUUGAUUGAGAUGUUCCUCCAUGAGAACCACUGCUCACGUUUGUGAUGUUAUUGAUGAGUAGGUAGUUGGAGGCCAUCUUGUCCUCCUGGAGUUGAUCUCGUGGCAUAGCUACUCUGGUUCUGAAGCAGAUCGAUAGUUUCCAAAAAGCCUUUCGACUCCUUUCGUUUCUAACAAAUGUCAACUCUGUAUCUUUAAUAUGUUGUGGAACACACGGUUACAUUAACAAACAUUAGCGUAAUACUGAAACGCAGAUAGGUAUACAUGCAGUCUUGUGCAAAGUAAUCCACACAGUCCUCCAAUUAAUAUUUUGGUUGGGAAAAUUGGAAUGGCAGCUGCAUGCAGACUUGUGGCUUUCAUCAGUGUGGUACAUUAUAGUUUGUUAACAUUCUCAAACUUUCAUUUGAAUUGCCUUUAUUUCCAAUGACCCAUAGAAACACCAUGAGGGGAAAAAAGCACACAUGCAAUGGUUGGAUUUCUGCAUGUGUUGUAUGAAGAUGGGCCUGUAUUUAAAAUUAAGCGCAUGGGAGUGCACUUGGACCCGGUCUUCCAAAGCUACCACUCUGUCUGGUACAGGACCACACGCCCAUUCCUGAGCACUGCUUUUGCCAGAACCGAAUUUUAUCAGAUUUUUGGUUUAACAACCACUGAGUGGAGAAAUUUUAUUUCAUAGAAUUGAUUUGCUAUUUAUUUUGGACUAUGAAAAAUCAUGAUGAGCUUCUGUCAUCACAGACUGAUCUGUUUUUUAUCUCCUUGGAGAUUACAUGCCUGCGUUACAUCCAUAGUAAACUGUUUCUCAAGGCAACUUUGCUGUCCCUGUAGAUUCAUAAAUAAACAGUUUUUUGAAGUUUAAA